CACACCGCCGGCUCCAGGCAGACCUCUAGCAGCGGGCGCUGCAGGACCGGGGCGGGGCGGGGGCUGGCGCUGGGGCCGCGCCCUCCGGCCACUCCCCGGGGAGAGCGGGCAGCGGCCGGGCAGCUACUGAGCAGCUCCCCCAGCGCUGCGCUCCCGCCCUGCCGCUGGUGCCUCCGCGGCCCAUGUCCUCGGUGUUGCUGCGCUCGUCCCCCCUGAGGCCCCCGAGGAUGAAGAAGGAGGAGUCGUUCCUGGGCAAGCUGGGCGGCACGCUGGCGAGGAAGAAGAAGUCCAGGGAGGUGAGCGACCUGCAGGAGGAAGGCAAAAAUGCCAUCAACUCGCCGAUGUCCCCCGCCUCGGUGGACCUGCACCCUGAGGACACCCUGCUAGAGGAGAAUGAGGAGCGCAGGAUGAUCGACCCCACCUCCAAGGACGACCCCAAGUUCAAGGAGCUGGUCAAGGUCCUCAUCGACUGGGUCAACGACGUGCUGGUGGAGGAGCGGAUCAUCGUGAAGCAGCUGGAGGAGGACCUCUAUGAUGGCCAAGUGCUGCAGAAGCUCCUGGAAAAGCUGGCGGGCUGCAAGCUGAACGUGGCCGAGGUCACGCAGUCGGAAAUUGCGCAGAAGCAGAAGCUGCACACGGUGCUGGAGGCCGUGCAGGACCUGCUGCGGCCCCACGGCUGGGCGCCCCAGUGGACCGUGGACGCAAUUCACGGGAAGAACCUGGUGGCCAUCCUCCACCUCCUCGUGUCGCUGGCCACGCACUUCCGGGCCCCGAUCCGCCUCCCCGAACACGUGUCCGUGCAGGUGGUGGUCGUGCGGAAGCGGGAAGGCCUGCUGCACUCCAGCCACGUCACGGAGGAGCUGACCACGACCACCGAGGCGAUGAUGGGUCGGUUUGAGCGGGACGCCUUCGACACCCUCUUCGACCACGCCCCGGACAAGCUCAACGUGGUGAAGAAGUCGCUCAUCACGUUCGUGAACAAGCACCUCAACAAGCUGAACUUGGAGGUGACGGAGCUGGAGACCCAGUUUGCAGACGGCGUGUACCUGGUGCUGCUGAUGGGGCUGCUGGAGGACUACUUCGUGCCCCUGCACAACUUCUACCUGACCCCGGACAGCUUCGACCAGAAGGUCCACAACGUGUCCUUCGCCUUCGAGCUGAUGUUGGACGGAGGGCUCAAGAAGCCCAAGGCGCGGCCGGAAGACGUGGUGAACCUGGACCUCAAGUCCACCCUGCGGGUCCUCUACAACCUGUUUACCAAGUACAAGAACAUGGAGUGACCUCGGCGGGGGCGCCCCCGCCCUCCCCGCGGCCUGCAGUUCCACCCCGCACCCCCCACCCUCCGGUCGACCUCCUUUCCGCGUGCUCUGAACUCGGGGCUCCCGGCCCCGGGGCUCAGUGCCUCACCGGGGGCUCCUCCGGGAGCUGAGUCAGAGGUUGUCAGCCUGGAUUGGACCACGAGCAGGGAAAAGCCAACGAAGCUGGAACCAAACAAACCCGCAGGCCCCCAGGGGGGCACCCCGCGCCCCCUCGGACAGGGGCGCUGGGGCCGCAGCAGCCUGUGGCGGGCCUGGCGGCCCCUCCCGGCAGGGCAGUCCUCGGACGGGGGCCUUUCUGGUGCAAAGCGCUUCUGCCGCGGCAGGAGCCUCCCCCCACGUCCCCCCUCCCCGGACACCCUGGGUCGUUUUCCUUUCCUCGGUGCCCCGGCGUCUGUGACCCGGAGGAGCCAGCAGCCGCCCAUGGGGAGGGACCGACACGCGGAAGGAAUGUCUGUGUUUCUUGCCGCGGGGCCGGGCUGGGCGGGAGCCGGCCCCGGGGUGUGUCCCGUCCCACCUCAGCACCCAGGUGCUGCCGAAGGACUGCACGAGGCCGAGGCUCCGGAGGAGGGUGUGGCCCGUUACCCAAAUUAUUUGUGUUCCCGUUGGUGCAAAGGUGAGGGCGUGCUUUCCGCACACCCCGGAGGACCCCUGGGGGCUGUGGGAGGGUCACUGUCCUCCUCCCACGGCCCCGUGUGGGUCAGUGUUUGCUGCAGGGCCUGGGGGGAGGGCCUGGAGUUGGGGUGGGGGGGCUCUGCUGUGGGGACCAAGCCUUGUGCAUGAUCAAUCCACCCAUUGUCCUCAUGGGCUUGAAUUUCAGGUCAGGGAAAUGGGGCGUCUUCUUGGGGUAGCAGAAAAACUUUCCUUAAUUCUGGAAAGUUCUGGGGUGCACGUUUUCAGGGAACUGAGUUUUUGUGAGAGGGACCCCGGUCCACAGGAACUCAGUGGGAGCCGGGUAGGGCUCCGCGGGGCCGAGGGUGCAGUUCCCGUCUGUGUCCUUCUCUGUGGGUGCGUCCGUGACGGCCCCCACUGCCUCGGGGUGCCCGCCCGCCUGGAGCCCCGUCUCCCCCGGACGACCGCAGCACCGAAUCCAGACCGCAGCGCGUGUGUCCUCGUUGGAUGCCACACGGAGCUCUGCUGAGUCAAAGCCACCAAGCCCUUUCCCGCCCCCGGGGUGUGCCAGCGCGCCGUUGUCUUUAAGCCAUGUUUACUGUGGAUUUCUGGAUGUUAAAUAAAAGCCACUCAAACCCUGG